UCAAUCAAACAACCAUUUAAUUAUGUAGCUGUUUAGAUUCCUAGACUAAUAACAUUUCUUUAUAAAAAAAAAAAACCAUUUCCUCUGUUUCAUCUUCUUUCUCUUUCUCUCCACAUCCAUCUCACUCUCACAAACUGUAUGUAAUUAGCUAGGAGCUAGGAGCUAGGAGCAUCAGAAGAAGAAGAAGAAUGGCAGUUAUGAGCAACUGGGCAUUUUCUCUAAAGGUAUUGCUUAUAUCUACUGGAGUUUUAUCCAUGGCGAUUCUUUUGAAGGUUUCUGUACCGGUGGUAUUAGAGUUCUUGAUAUCUGAAAUUCCUGUGUUUUGGAGUUCAAUUUUAUCUUGGUUAACUCCUCCUUAUUUGUAUGUGAUUAUUAAUGGGAUUAUUAUUACAAUCGCUGCUUCUUCAAGAUUUCAUCAGAAUAAGAAUCAAGAGUUCAAACCAUUAUUAGUACCUGUUAUUAGUGCUCCAGCUGUUAAUAAUUUCGUUGGUUAUGAUGAUACAAUGAUGAUGAUGACGAAUAUGAAGAAUUCAAUGGAAAUUAGAACGGGAUUCGAGGGUAUGAGUAGUUAUGAUCAGAAUCAUCAAGUUGUUGGGUAUGAGCAGCAGCACCAUGGAGUUGCAGAAAAGAAUCUAAUUACCAAUGGUAUGUUUGGGUUUGGGUAUGAUCAUCAUCAUCACCAUGAAGUUGCAGUAAAGAAUACAAAUCUAGUUGAGUUUGAAGAUUUGAAGAAACCAAAGGUGUAUCAUGAGCAGAAACAAGCAGAAGAAAAUUUGAUUAUCCCAGAAAGAAAGAAGAUGAAGAACAAAUUAGUACUGAAUGAUGAUAAGGAAAAUGGUUUCAUGAUUUCAAGAUCUUCUUGGACACCACCAAUAAUUCGAACAGAUUCAAUGGAGAAUAUUCAGACUGAUAAUGAAAAGCCACCAGCUUCUUCAAGAUUCAAUCACAAGAAAUCUGUCAAAGCAAGUCCUGAAGGUGGAAAGACAUUAGGAGUGACGAAACCAAAGAGACACGAGACACUGGAGACGACAUGGAAGACGAUAACAGAUGGAAGAUCAAUGCCAUUAACACGACACUUGAAGAAAUCGGAUACCUGGGAAGCUCGUCACCAUCAACAAGAUCAAUUAACUCCAAAAUUGAUGAAGAAAUCAGAGACAUUUACUGAAAGAUGUAACAAUAAUAAUCAAUCAUCUCCAGGUAAGCUUCGUAAGAAUACUCAUAAGAAAGAACCGUCACUGAGUCAAGAUGAUUUGAAUCGGAGAGUUGAAGCUUUUAUUAACAAAUUCAAUGAAGACAUGAGAUUACAGAGACAAGAAUCAUUGAAUCAGUACAAUGAAAUGGUGAGACAGCGAUGAUUGAUUCAGAAAUUAUUUUACUUUUUGCUCAAUUUUUUUGUGGAAUAUAAAGGAAUUAUUUGAAGGAAAAGCAAGAGAAUUUUAGUUUGUGCUUGCUGGUCUUAAUUUGUUUUUAAUACGUAUUUAUAUUGUAAUUUUGAUGUUCAAUUUCAAAUUUAUAGUUGG